AUGGCCAAGCUCACUCUGCUCACCGGUGAGUGCCGCUGCAAACUGGAGCUCUAUGCCCUCCUGGCCGGGCUGGAGGCUCUGCCUGCCCCGGCAGCAGCGCGGGGAUGCUGUGCCCGAGGGGCCGGGCUGUGCCCAGGGCACUGCAGGCCCCUCCAUGGCCGGUGUCUCCCUGCAGGCACUGCCUAUGUGCUGACCUGUUACUUCACCAACUGGGCCCAGUACCGGCCUGGUGAGGGCAGAUACACCCCUGAGAACAUUGACCCCAACCUGUGCAGCCACCUGAUCUACGCCUUUGCCGGCAUGAACAACAACGAGAUCACCACCUACGAGUGGAACGACGAGACCCUGUACAAGUCCUUCAACGGCCUCAAGAACCAGAACAGCAACCUGAAGACUCUGCUGGCCAUUGGAGGAUGGAAUUUCGGCACAGAGAAGUUCACCACCAUGGUCUCCACACCCCAGAACCGCCAGACCUUCAUCAACUCCGUGGUCAGGUUCCUGCGCCAGUACGGAUUUGACGGGCUGGACCUGGACUGGGAAUACCCCGGCUCCAGGGGCAGCCCCGCUCAGGACGGCUCCUUCACCGUCCUGGUUAAGGAACUGCUGGCAGCCUUCGAGCAGGAGGCCAGGCAGACCAACCGGCCCCGGCUCAUGGUCACUGCUGCUGUGGCUGGAGGACUUUCCACCAUCCAGGCUGGCUACGAGAUUGCUGAGCUGGGCAAGUACCUGGAUUACAUCCAUGUGAUGACCUAUGACUUCCACGGGCCCUGGGACGGCUCUGCAGGCGAGAACAGCCCCCUGUUCAGCAGUGGCAGCACCCUCAGUGUUGAAUAUGCCAUGAACUACUGGAAGAACAACGGUGCCCCAGCUCAGAAGCUCCUGGUGGGAUUCCCAACCUACGGGAAAACCUUCACCCUGCAGAACCCAUCCAACACCGCCAUCGGAGCCCCAACCUCCGGGCCAGGCCCCGCUGGGCCCUACACCAGGGAGGCCGGGCUCUUGGCUUACUACGAGAUCUGCACCUUCCUGAGCUCUGGAGCCACCCAGGCUUGGGAUGCCCCUGAGGAUGUUCCCUACGCCUACAAGGGCAGCGAAUGGGUCGGCUACGACAACGUCAAGAGCUUCGGCCUCAAGGUGGACUGGCUGAAGCAGAACAACUUCGGAGGUGCCAUGGUGUGGACAAUCGACCUGGAUGACUUCACUGGCACCUUCUGCCAUGAGGGCAAAUACCCCCUGAUCUCCAGCCUGAAGAAGGGGCUGGGGCUGUGAAUGUGCCGCUGCAAGAGCUCUGCACGGCGCAGUCCUCACGUCCCUGCAGCUGCUGGAGGUGCAGGUGGCAGUGGGAGUGCAGGAGGAGCUGCAGUGCCGAUGGUGGGGACUGGCCAUGGAGAUCCCGAUCCCGUUCCAGCCCAGUGAUCCCUCUGUUCCCACAAUGAGAAUGAUUAAAUAAAGCUUUGCGCAAAACCCACCA